AUGAAAAAAUUGACAAGAGAUACUCAGGAACCACUCUUACCUCAUAUCCGACCUCUCACGAAGAAUAAAAUAAGAAAAUACCUCUAUGCAGCCAUUUUUAUAAUAGCCAUUUAUCUACUUAGCCGAUCAUUAAACAAUAAUAACAUAAUUCAAACUGGUAUUGGAAGGAAUGGAGAUUUCAUUGAAUUCCAACCAAACGUUUUGGCUCCAGUAGUAGAACCAGUGGUGAAUAAUGUGAAAUUAGAUAUUUAUAUGGAAGCACAGUGUCCAGAUACUUCAAGAUUCUUCCGCCAGCAACUCAAGAAAGCAUGGGAUCUUCUAGGAAGACUCAAUAGAAUAGAAUUGAAUGUAAUUCCGUUUGGAAAAGCAAGAUGUACAGAACGAGGAAAUGACUUUGAGUGCCAAUGCCAGCACGGUCCAACAGAAUGUGAAAUCAAUCAGCUAAUGAAUUGUGUGAUCGAUCGUUACGGUUUCCCACACAUUUACCUGCCAGCUGUUUUGUGUAUGCAAGGAAAAUAUUCAUUGGACGAAGCGAUGAAAUGUGUUACGGAACACUUUCCAGUUGAAUACAACAGAAUGCGUGAAUGUGCUUCUGGCCCACGUGGACGACGUCUUCUGGCUCUAUCCGGCCAGAAAACAGCUUCUCUCACUCCAGCAAUCGACUUUAUUCCUUGGAUCGUAAUCAAUGGAGCUAGAAACUCAGAUGCUCUUUAUGAUUUGACACAGAACACUUGUGAAGCAAUGCAACCCAUUCCACAAGUCUGUAGAGAAUAUUUAAGUUCAAUUCAAAAAUAA